AUGAUGCAUUUGUUGAAAGAACACAGAUUAACUUCUGUUGGCACUGUUCGCAAAAACAAACAAUGUAUUCCUCCUGCUUUUUUGAAGACUGGAAAACAACCAGGAAGUUCCAUGUUCGGUUUCCAAAAGGACAUUACUUUGGUGUCAUAUGCUCCUAAAAGCAAUAAAGUGGUAAUUGCAAUGUCUACUCUUCAUCACGACGACAAAAUUGAUGAAAGCACUGGAGAUAAAAAUAAACCCGAAAUUAUUACUUUCUACAACUCCACAAAAGCAGGAGUAGACGUCGUGGACAAGUUGAGCGCUACUUAUAAUGUGUCUCGCAACAGUAAGCGUUGGCCAAUGACGAUCUUUUAUGGAAUUUUGAACAUGGCUGCUAUCAAUGCUAAUAUAAUUUAUCAGAGUAAUCUGGAUAAAUCUAGUAAAAGAACAGAAUUUCUCCGUAGUUUGGGUUUGAGUUUGUUGAAUAAACAUCUGCAGUUGCGACAAACACAGAAGAAUAUUCCAUCUAACAUUCGCCAAAGAAUUUCGGGACAGAUGGGGGAGCCAUUGCGCCCAGCAGUGGAAAACAGUUCUGGACGAUAUGCUCGAUGUGCUGAUUGUCCUCGGAAAAAAGAUCGGAAGACAAAACAUGUCUGUGCAACCUGUAGAAAAUCACUGUGCCUAGAACAUGCAAUAUUUUCUUGCAAAAAUUGUGCUGUCGGCGAGGCCUCUUACUAA